AAGAAGGCGGGGCUGACAAGAAGGAGGGCGGGGUCAGACGGAAAGGGGCGGUGUCUCCCGUGAAGGCGUGGCUCCACCGUCGUUCCGGCUCCUCAGCCCCGCCGACAUGGCCGGACGCCUGCCAGCCUGCGUGGUGGACUGUGGCACCGGGUACACGAAGAUUGGCUAUGCGGGCAACACAGAGCCUCAGUUUAUCAUUCCAUCAUGCAUUUCCAUCAAAGAAUCCGCCAAGGUGGGCGACCAGUCCCAGAGGAGGGUCAUGAAGGGUGUCGAUGACUUGGAUUUCUUCAUUGGUGAUGAAGCCAUUGAGAAGCCCAACUACUCCACGAAGUGGCCGAUCCGUCAUGGCAUAGUGGAGGACUGGGAUCUGAUGGAGAGGUUCAUGGAGCAAGUGAUCUUUAAGUAUCUUCGUGCUGAACCCGAGGACCACUACUUCCUCCUGACCGAACCUCCACUCAACACACCUGAGAACAGGGAAUAUACAGCCGAGAUAAUGUUCGAGUCCUUCAAUAUCCCUGGCCUCUACAUAGCUGUGCAGGCAGUCCUGGCGUUGGCCGCCUCUUGGACGUCACGUCAGGUUGGGGAGAGAACUCUCACAGGCACGGUCAUCGACAGCGGCGACGGCGUCACCCACGUCAUUCCUGUGGCAGAAGGAUACGUCAUUGGAAGCUGCAUCAAACACAUCCCCAUAGCUGGCCGCGACAUCACCUACUUCAUCCAGCAGCUGUUGAGGGAGCGGGAGGUGGGAAUUCCACCAGAGCAGUCACUCGAGACAGCCAAAGUGAUCAAGGAGCGGUUCUCAUACAUAUGUCCCGAUAUCGUCAAGGAAUUUAGCAAGUUUGACGCGGACCCUAGCAAAUGGAUGAAGCAGUACACAGGCAUCAAUGCCAUCACUAAAAAAGAGUUCACCAUUGACGUGGGUUAUGAGCGCUUCUUGGGACCGGAGAUCUUCUUCCAUCCUGAGUUCUGCAACCCAGACUUCACCCAGCCCAUUUCAGAGGUGGUGGACAAUGUCAUUCAGAACUGCCCCAUUGAUGUGCGGCGUCCACUGUACAAGAAUGUUGUGCUGUCUGGUGGCUCCACCAUGUUCCGCGACUUUGGGCGUCGUCUCCAACGGGACCUCAAGCGCACUGUGGACAGCCGGCUGAAGUUCAGUGAAGAGCUAAGUGGAGGUCGGAUAAAGCCUAAACCCAUCGAUGUGCAAGUGAUUACCCAUCACAUGCAACGCUAUGCAGUGUGGUUUGGGGGCUCCAUGUUGGCUUCCACACCUGAGUUCUUCCAGGUUUGCCAUACCAAGAAGGAUUACGAGGAAUAUGGCCCCAGCAUCUGCCGUCACAACCCAGUGUUCGGCGUGAUGUCCUAACACUUGCACAUUAUUUUUGAGUUCUGCCAAACAGGAUGUUUCCAAGCCUUCCCAGCCCUUUCUCCUUCAGUGUGGAGAGCUCAGACACAACACACUGAAAACACAUACCACCUACGAAAUACCUUUCCGCUCGGUUUGAUUUUUCUUUUAUUUUGUGACAAAUGUUAUUUGUAUGCAAAUGCUUGCCUUGCAUUACUCAAGUAUUUCAGUGCAGAUGUCAUGGGCUGCCCCUUGAUCAUCAGAUGGUUCUUUGCUGUCUGGGAUAUUAUGAAAAGCCUUAAGUACCAACAUAUUUUAUCUAAAAGGUGGCUGUCACAAAUUGUGACUUUAGUGGUGGGCAAUAAUCUGCAUAGCACAUUACCGAAGUGUCAGCUUUGCUCUGAAUUUGCCAAAACACUGAAUAUUUUUUUCCCAUUCUGCCUCAUUUAAACGGUUCAUAAAUGUGUUGCCAGUCUUUUUUAAAACGCCAAUUUCAAAAUAAUGUUUUGAGGAUUGCUUAAAAACAAAAAGAAGUGCUUCAUUGAAAUUGCCACAAAGGUUACCACUAUUUGUGUGGGCUUUUGAGAUGGAUUGGGCAACAGGAUUUGAAUACAAAAAAUAGAUGUCUGCUAUCCUCUGAAUCAUUGGCUUCCUCAAGAGAAUCAGGACCCGCUUCUCAGCUUUGCUUGAAAGAAAACGUGUUAUGUACUCUCCGUGAUUGAUGCUCUGCAAAAAUGUUUGUUGGUUAUCGGUUGUGAUUGAUAAUGGUAAAGCAAACUUUUUAUUACACUGUGUCUUGGCAAAUGCACACAGAGUGGUUUAUCAGGACAGGCUGGCCAGUGGUUGAUUGUGAAACAAUCGGCCUGCCAUUACUUUUUCUACUUGUACAUCAUGCAUUAUAUAGGGUUCCAAGGUGGGUAAUUUAGUUUUUUCUGAAGAUUUUUUUCCAAUAAAAAUAUUAAUUGGCGCCAUUUUGACACAAAUGUAAUUGGCGCCAUUUUGACACAAUUUAAUUGCCGCCAUUUUGAGACAAAUUUGCAGUAAUGAAUGACUAAACAUGUAUAUAAGUACAUUUAAGAAAAAUUAAACAAUUAACCUUGUCACUGAAAAUAUACUUUUUAAUCAAAAUCAAGUUGGCAUUGUAAUUUGGGACUGCAGAAAACAUUUUGUUGUGUUUGUAAGAUAAGAUUUCCUCCAAAGAUCCAAGUUUUGAUGUUAAAUUGAUUGUGGACUGACCAAACAAUAUACCUUUUUUGUAAUGACUUUAAACUGGGUUUUGGCAAAAAAAGUGCAGUAUUGAGGUAGUCUGCUUAAAUACCUAUCAUUGGAUUGAUAUUUUUGAAAAUGCAUUCAUCGAAUGUGAUGUCACAUGGGUGUGCGAUAAUUCAACAUCCUCUUCCGAAAAUAUGAUGCAUUCCCUUGGUUUAAGCAAAACAUGCCAAUAUCUAUCCUUAGCCCUGAGAGUGGCUGUAUUUGUGACAAUUCUAUUUUUAAAUGACAGCGUGGACCAAACACUCUUCUAUAUCAACUGUAAUUGGUGACACUUUCAGCUGAAUGCCAGCAAAGGUGUUUUAAGUGACUAGAAAUAUAAACAUGUAGAGUUUGUCACUGGAUACUCGGAAAUGAAUACCAUACAAUGACUUUGCAUGUUGUUGGAUCUGCAGUAUCGCCUUUUGUUAUUUUUCACGUGAUCUAAAUACUGAUUGUAUGAAAGGUACAGCAUUCCAAUAAAAGGCACUUCUUUGCA